AUGGGGGGCCCCGACGCGCUGGACCACUCGGUGGCGUUCCUCAAGCAGAGGGACGGGCUCGAUAAGACGCUGAAGCUGAUGCGAUACGUCUCGGCAAUAGCCGCGUACAACAUCCUGGCGGAUGAUCCGAGCUCGGUGACGGGCACCAAGCUGCGAAAGCUGGACAAGAGCACCGGCAUCACGCGCAAGUACCUGAAGCUCGGAAAGUUCCUGGGCAACCUCAAGGAGCUCAGGGCGCUUCUGCGCGCGGGGGAGAUCGCGUCCAGGCAAAGGAUAGCCCCCGCCGGGAACCGAACCCCCGACGCGGCGCUCGCUUCCGCGGCCGCCUUCGCCAACCGGCUCAACAUCGCCUCGCAGCUCGCGCAGCUCGUGUACAACUUCGCCGAGCAGCUCAACUGGGCGGCGAAGAUUGGCCUCAUCCGCGACGCGCGCAGGAGGAGGAAGAUCGAACGCUGGACGUCCGUCGCGGAGCUCGCCACGUACGUGUUCACCAUCAACGUCUCGAUGCUCACGCUGUGGCGAUGCGCGCAGCGGGAGACGCGGGCGAGGCGGGAGUACGGCGACCGGGGCCGGCGGAAGAAGGACGACGACGCGGCGGACGCGGGCGGCGGCGUCCCGUCGCCGCUGCGACUUCUCCGAGGCUUGGGUCUGCGCGGGAGACACGACUCGGAGGAGUCCACGGGCAGCGACGCGUCCGUGAACGACGACGGAUCCGGACGCGACGACACGAUACGCACGGAGCGUGACCUCGCGCGUGCGCUCGAAGCCAUCGCGAGGGAACGGACGAGCGCACGUUUAGCUCUCGUCGCCGACUUGGCCGACGUGACGGUGUGCUUCGGGGAUGUGCGUGACGUGCGGGCGCUGACGGCGCCGGGGACGGUGAACGCGCUGGGGCUGGUGUCGGCGUCGUGCGGCGUGGUGGACAAGUGGCGAAGUACGAAGGUCUGA